AUGCCACUAGCUUCCUCUUACUCUUCUCGUCAGGCUAAGCGACGAUCCGUAACCCUCCCCUCUCCACGCCAGCCCGACCCGUGGAAUGACUACUCUGCCGACGAGGGGUCGGCCGAAAAGCACUGGGAGAAUACUUUGCACUCUCUCGAUGAGAGUAAGAGUAAUAUGACCAUCGACCCCGCAGCGACGAUGCAAGAACAGGAGACGGAGAUCCUCCGGCUCACGCGUGAAGUCAUGGACCUGCGUGAAGAUCUCGCGGCCCGCCCGACCGAGGAUGAGGUUUAUGCCAUGCGCAUGGAGUGGGAGACGAGCGAGAAUCUGUUCGCCGAGAGCCAAAAAGACAACGAGCAGAAACACAACACAAUCGAGAACCUCAGGCAAUACGUCAAGGCACUUGAAUCAAAACUUGAGGAGACGCUCGGAGAGGACUGGAAGGAAUAUUGUGUUCUUCCUGACCCUCGUGGGGCCGGGAACACGUGUGGGAACGCUACCCCGCUCCCUAAACCCAAACUGCGCCCUUCAGCGAGUAUUAAACGUGCCUCACGCCACAGUCACACGCGCUCUGUCAGCGUCGCCGAUGCUCGUUCUCUCCGCGAGCUCGAGACAGCAGUGGACAAGACGCCUGCUGGUGCUCUCCGCGCGCUCGAGGGCAUACGCGAACUGGACAGCCGCCCGACGCCAGCCGAGAUCGUUGCUUCAUUCGAGGCCAGUUCACCGCUCAAGGAGGCGCGUAUGGAGCGCUCGUCCAGUUAUCAGAGCAUACGCGAGCCAAAGGACAAGGAGCUGGCGGCGCUAGUUGCUGCUGUCAAGGCUUUGCCCGCGUCGCUGAGUGCGCAGGUUGAGCGCUCUCUGAGUAGGGAGAGUGUGGCAGAGUCACGCCGUGAGGAGGCGCGGCAGGCACUACUCGAGGUUCUGGAUGCUGCUGAGAGUCGGGCUGAGGCGCGCGAGAUUCGCCUCCAAGGCCUUCUGACUGAAGCCAAGACUUGUAGUGGACACAUGGAGUGGUAG